ACCAACAGUAGAUUUUCAUACCAGCCAGUUGGUUGUAUGGCCAGACAUUGAACAACACAGUGAACCAAGUUUAUGCUUACGACAAAAUCCUGGCUUUGAGACCUUGCAUGUGUGUGAUUGUUUCAGCAAUCCGAGAUGGCCGUUACAAAGAGGAUUUGCUCCGGGUCACCCAGGCAGGAGCAUGUGGACAUCCUGUUGUAGCUGGUGUUGUUUAGAACCCACCGCCACAGUGGAAGAAAACGUCAGCUCCUGGCGCCAGGCCUACACAAACUCGGGCUACAGCCAAUCCCUGACCUCUCCCGAACAUAUGUGCAAGGCCUGCGGAGGCCAAUUCGACACCAUCGCUAGGAAGCAUGUCUGCGUGGACUGCAAGAAGAACUACUGCGGCCACUGCUCUGUGCAGCUGGAGCCGCCGCGCCCGCGCCUCUGCCACACAUGCCAGCACUUUCACGGAACCCUAUUCGACCGCGCCCAGUUGAUGCGACUCAAGGUGCGGCAGCUGCGCGACUACCUCCACCUGCAUGAGGUGCCCACCCAGACGUGCCGGGAAAAGGAGGAGCUGGUUGAGCUGGUCUUGGGCCAGCAGACCCCCAGCACCAGCACCAGCAGUGAGACCGUGUCCUCCCAGCCCAGGGCUCACAACAACGUCCCUUCCCCAGGCACACCAUCCCCUCCCCAGACACAGGGCCCUAUCAGCCCCGACACAUUGAGGCCAGAACAAUCAGCCCCUGAGGCAGAGCCAGAGUCAGAGCAGAUAUCUGAUGAUGAUGAGGAGGAUGAUGAAGAAGAGGAGGACGAAGGUGAAGAGUCAUCAGACAACGAGGAGACCCUGAUCCCCGGCCGGAGGGCCUCUCUGUCUGACCUGAGCUGCGUUGAGGACAUCGAGGGCCUGAGCGUGCGCCAGCUGAAGGAGAUCUUGGCCCGCAACUUUGUCAACUACAAGGGCUGCUGCGAGAAGUGGGAGCUGAUGGAGAGGGUCACCCGCCUCUACAACAACCAGAAGGACCUCCAGAACCAAGACCCUGCGGCUCCCAAGAGCCAGGAGGAGAACCUCUGUCGGAUCUGCAUGGACUCUCCCAUUGACUGUGUUCUGCUGGAAUGCGGCCACAUGGUCACCUGCAGCAAGUGCGGCAAACGCAUGAGCGAGUGCCCCAUCUGUAGGCAGUACGUGGUACGGGCGGUGCAUGUCUUCAGGUCCUGAUGCAUUGCCACAGCGAGGGACACAAUGGACAAAAUGGCAUUGCUGCCACCACUGCUCAGUGAUCGCAUAGCUUACAAGAAUACACUAUAUAAAUGUGCACACUCACUCAUUCAAACAGUCUUCUUCAUACUGGUGUUCCAGAGAAAUAACCUGACUCCACUUUUCUGGGUUCUCAGUUUUUCUACUCCACCGGAACCUAUUGUUUCUGAUCUUUCAGCGUCUUACAAGAACUCAAGAUUUCAGUACAAUAACUUUGUUAUUGAACUAGUUUUACUCUGUUGUUCAUAUCAAUAGCAAAACAGAGAGAGUGGCCAGAAUGGUGCUAUUUGACCAAUGGUGAACAACACUCAGGGCCCCAUUUUGACAAUGCGAAUAAGCGGCGGUAAUGUAAGAGACCAAAAUUUGGAAAACCUCAAAACAGUUUAUUUCCAACCUUAUCGCCUCAAGCAAGGCUUGGAAAAAGCAGGCUUGGAUAUGACGGUGUGGAUAUUUAAUGCAGGCAAUGCAGUAGUUGUGUAAUUGGUGCAAUAAGUGGCGCACAGAAUAUAUGAAGUGCUAAGAUCCUCCAAAUGACACACUCUGACUUCAGUACCUGCAACCCAGCUGAUCUGUUAAUUGGUUUUGUGGUCCAGAGCUAUCUUUAGGUUGCAGUGCACUUGCUAAGCAUAGAACCCAGGCCUUAUUUGUCUUAUUGGCGAUCCUUCAGACACAGAGAUGUGUGGUGGUUGAACAUAGCAUCCUAGGAGUGGAAACAGCCCUUUAAAUGCAAUUGUCUGCAUGUAGCUCACCGAAAGUACUUGAGGGUCAAGGAGGCAUACAGCUUGGGUUCAUUUGCCCUUUUAUGGUCAAAAUACCCAUUAACUUGUUGAUAUUUUAUCAGUUGAUCAGACUUGACAGUUAAUAUACAGUUCUGUAAAUGAGCCACAAUGGGAACAUUUUCUGAAAUGUAAACCAUGCACAGUACGGUAGAUAUGCAUUUAUACAAAUUCUCUAGAUGUUGUCAAUUGUUUGCUGCUGUUUGAGGUUGGUUCUGUGACCUUACCCCAAAUUAGAUUUGAGGUAAAUAAAUAGAGCUGACCUCGUUUGGCAGCAUGUCUACAUUCUAAGGCUCUCACCAUCCCCCUCUUAUCAGCAAGUGCCCCAGAAUGGAAUGCUCAUUGACUACGCAGUGCACUGAAUGCACUCGUUUCCUAAUGACAAGUUGAUGUAUUAUGUUAACUUCUAGUUUAUCAAAACAUAUGUUUUCUGAAAAUGUACUUUUGUUUGUGUUGAGUGUUUUUUAGGAGGGGUUCAUUCUAUUCCAACUAGGCAAUUCAGUAAAUUUAUUGAGAUAGAUUUUUUUUAAAUGUUAAUUGGAAUGCAUUUGUCUAAUUUCCUGUAAUUGAAAUGGUUUGCCAGCCCUCUCUGCAACUAACAUUUAUGGAACAUGUUGUUUUAAAAUCAUAGAGAAACAUAACGGUUCACUUUUAAAUGGUCUUUCUACUGUACAUCUUGUUUUAUAGGUAAUGAAUGUACCAUAAAACUGCUCAUAUAAGGAAAAUGCACUUAAACUAAUUAAUGUCUGUUUUAGUGAAUUCAUGUCCGCUGGGAUAGACUCAGUUCAUCCCAGAUACCCAGUCUGUCUGAAAUGAAUGUACUGGUUUUAAGUUGUUUAGCUACAAUAACAAAACCAUUUCUUACUGUGACUGCCAAUAUCGCAAAUAGAUUUUUACACCAGUCUGUUUGAUAUGCCUGUUGUCAAUAACUAUUAUAAUAUCAUGCAACAAUAUUAACAAUCUCAUGUGUAAUUUGCAGAGAGCAGGUGAAAUAAGAUAUGUCAGUGUCAUGAGACAACUGGAUCUUUUUUUUUUUUUACAAUCUUCUCGUUUUUAUCCUGGAUAUCAGUUUAUACAAGCCAGGUUGUCAGUCAAGUCACUCCUUCUUUCUGAGGAGUGUUUUCUGCACAAAUGAUAACAUACAGUGCCUUGCAAAAGUAUUCAUCCCCCUUGGCGUUUUCCUAUUUUGUUGCAUUACAACUUGGAAUUGAAAUGGAAUUUUAUUUUUUGAUUUCAUGUAAUGGACAUACACAAAAUAGUCCAAAUUGGUCAAGUGAAAUGGAAAAAAAGAACUUGUUUGAAAAAUAAAACUGAUAAAAACGGGAAA